AUGAGUCGUGAAGUGCUGCCAAAUAAUGUUAUCCCCUUACAUUAUGACAUUGCAUUAGAACCUGACUUCGAAACCUUUAGGUUUGAAGGGUCCCUCAAGGUUGAUUUGCAAAUCAACGAUCAUUCCAUUAAUUCAGUCCAAUUGAAUUGCCUGGAAAUAGACCUGCAUUCUGUCUAUGUUGAAGGAGUCCGUGCCAUUGAAGUUAGAAGAAACGAAAAUCAACAAACGGCCACGUUUUUCUUUCCUAAUGGAACUUUUGAGAAUCUAGGACCUACUGCAAAGUUAGAAAUUAAGUUUACUGGCAUUUUAAAUGACCAAAUGGCUGGAUUCUAUAGAGCAAAAUAUACGGAUAAAGCUACAGGUGAGACCAAGUACAUGGCCACCACUCAAAUGGAGGCUACUGAUGCUAGAAGGGCCUUCCCUUGUUUUGAUGAACCGAACUUGAAAGCUACUUUUGACAUCACUUUAAUCUCUGAACCGUUUCUAACUCAUUUGUCUAACAUGGAUGUCAAAACUGAAAUAGUUAAAGAAGGGAGAAAAUUUACAACUUUUAAUACUACUCCAAAAAUGUCUACAUAUUUAGUAGCAUUUAUCGUAGCCGACUUGAAAUACGUGGAAAACAAUGGUUUCCGUAUUCCAGUGAGAGUUUAUUCCACUCCAGGCGAUGAAAAACUUGGACAAUUUGCUACCGAUUUGGCUGCUAAGACUUUAAGUUUUUUUGAGAAUACUUUUGGAAUAGAAUACCCGUUGCCAAAGAUGGAUAUGGUGGCGGUUCACGAGUUUUCCGCGGGUGCCAUGGAAAACUGGGGGUUGGUUACUUAUAGAGUUAUCGACUUGUUAUUAGACAUGCAAAAUUCGAGUUUAGACCGCAUUCAGAGAGUUGCCGAGGUCAUUCAACAUGAGCUAGCUCACCAAUGGUUUGGCAACUUAGUUACCAUGGACUGGUGGGAAGGUUUAUGGUUGAAUGAAGGAUUUGCCACUUGGAUGUCAUGGUACUCCUGUAAUGAGUUUCAACCAGAAUGGAAAGUUUGGGAACAAUACGUUACUGACAACUUACAGCGUGCUUUAACUUUAGAUUCACUAAGAUCUUCUCACCCAAUUGAAGUUCCCGUUAAGAAUGCAGACGAAAUUAAUCAGAUAUUUGAUGCAAUUUCGUAUUCUAAAGGAUCUUCUUUAUUGAGGAUGAUCUCAAAAUGGUUAGGUGAAGAGACUUUCAUUAAAGGUGUGUCCCAAUAUUUGAAUAAGUUCAAAUACGGUAAUGCGAAAACCGAAGAUUUAUGGGACGCCUUAACAGACGCUUCUGGUAAGGAUGUGCGUUCGGUGAUGAACGUUUGGACUAAAAGUGUCGGUUUUCCAGUACUAUCUGUUAGGGAGCAGAAAAAUGAAAUUAUAUUAUCUCAGCAUCGUUAUUUGAGUACUGGAGAUGUUGAAAAGGAAGAGGACACCACCAUAUACCCUAUUUUAUUGGCUCUUAAAGAUCAUACAGGCAUCGAUAACUCUUUAGUAUUAAACAAAAGAUCUGCUACUUUUGAAGUAAAAGACCAAGACUUCUUCAAGAUAAAUGGUGAUCAAUCUGGUAUUUUUAUUACUUCUUAUUCGGACGAAAGAUGGGCCAAGCUGUCUAAGCAGGCGAAUUUAUUAUCCGUUGAAGAUCGUGUUGGCUUAGUUGCCGAUGCAAAAUCUCUUUCUGCAUCUGGCUAUACGUCCACUACAAACUUUUUGAACUUGAUUUCCAAUUGGAAAACUGAGGACUCAUUUGUUGUUUGGGAACAAAUUACCAACAGUUUAUCCGCUCUGAAAUCUACUUGGGUUUUCGAACCUAAAAAUGUUUUAGAUUCUCUUAAUAAAUUUACUUUGAAAUUAGUAUCUAGCAAACUUUCUGAAUUGGGAUGGAAUAUCAACGAAACUGACACCUUUGCCACACAACGAUUAAAGGUCACUCUUUUCAAUGCCGCAUGUACUUCAGGUAAUAAAAAGAUGCAAUCCAUUGCUGUGAAAAUGUUUGAUGAAUACACCAAUGGGGACGAAAGUGCCAUUCCUGCACUGUUCAAGCCAACUGUUUUCAGUACUGUUGCCAAGAUUGGUGAACAAGAUAGUUACGAAAAGAUUUUCCAUAUAUACCAAAAUCCUGUCUCCUCAGAUGAGAAAAUUGUUGCCUUGAGAGCUUUGGGUAGGUUUGAAGAUAGUAGUCUUUUAGAAAGAACUUUGUCUUAUCUGUUGGAUGGGACAGUUUUGAACCAAGAUUUCUACAUCCCAAUGCAAGGUAUCAGAACUCACAAGAAGGGUAUUGAAAGAUUGUGGACAUGGAUGCAAGAACAUUGGGAUGAAAUUUCCAAGAGACUACAACCAGGUUCACCUGUGUUAGGAGGCGUGUUGACAUUAGGUUUAGCUAACUUCACAUCCUUUGAAGACCUUGAAAAAAUUAAUGCAUUCUAUAGUAAAAAGGUCACUAAAGGUUAUGAUCAAACCUUAGCUCAGGCACUAGACACUAUCAGAGCCAGGGCACAAUGGGUGAACAGAGAUCGUGAUGUUGUUGCUGCUUAUUUGCAUGAACAUGAAUACGAUCAAUAG